CCUCGCACCAGGCGAAACACAAGUGUCAGAUCAGCAGCAGAGCAGAGUGACAGUUGCUCCAGCGAUUCCAGCAGCAGAAUUAGCUCCCGCCGGAGCAGCAUGAUAUGAAGCAGAGACGGUAUCGCCAGAGGCGCUAGCAGAUAAACACAGCGCUUGCACUGCUGGUGGGUGGCACCCCGAUGAUGCCUGAAGGUAGCACCCCAGCUCUCAGUCCUCAGGGGGUCCCGUACACAGAACUGAGCCACUUCAUUAAUGCAGAUGGGCAACACAUUUUCUCCAGAUAUUGGAAGCCUUCAGGUUCACCACGGGCUCUGAUGUUUAUUGUACAUGGUGCUGCAGAACACUGCUGCCGAUACGAUGACCUGGCACAGAUUCUAUCCGCUCUGAACUUUCUCGUCUUUUCCCAUGACCAUGUUGGCCAUGGGCAGAGUGAGGGGGAGCGAAUGACCGUCCAUGAUUUCCAUAUCUUUGUAAGAGACAGCAUACAACACUUGGACCUCAUGAAGAAACAAUAUCCAGACCUGCCAAUAUAUAUGUGUGGACAUUCCAUGGGAGGAGCCAUUGCCAUCUUGACUGUUAAUGAGAGACUGGAUGACUUUUCUGGAUUAAUUCUAAUAUCUCCCUUGGUGUUGCCAAACCCACAAUCUGCGACUUCAUGCAAGGUUUUUGCAGCUAAACUGCUGAACUAUGUCCUCCCGAACCUUUCCUUGGGCAGCAUUGAUCCAAACUUUGUAUCUCGCGAUAAAAAAGAGGUCGAUGCAUAUACCUCAGAUCCAUUGGUUUACCAUGGAGGACUGAAGGUUUCCUUUGGUGUGCAGUUGCUAAAUGCCACAUCUCGGGUGGAGAAAGCUCUCCCGCACUUUAAGAUUCCAGUCCUGUUGUUUCAUGGCACCAUGGACAAGUUGUGUGAUAUUCGUGGCUCCCACGUUAUGAUAGACACCAUACAAAGUGAGGAGAAGACACUAAAGGUAUAUGAAGGAGCUUUCCAUGCUUUACAUAAAGAGCUGCCAGAGGUCACCUCUUCUGUAUUCCAAGAGAUUGAGAACUGGCUUCAGAAAAGAUUGGGAAGCAGAGGAAUCAGCAACGUGGUGCAGCAAGAAUCCAGCACAUAGGAUAACCACCCACAACGACUUCUCCUCAGUCAAGCCUCCUCCAACUUCAUGGUCAGACAUCUAUAAAAUCACUCCAGAAAUAGUUUACAUUCCUUUUUAGGACACGUUCAUUUCCUUCCAUGUUGAGAAAGCACAAAAUACAUCAACACCUUGAGUAGGGAUCCCAACCAUCGUGGGAACAAUGAUUACAUAGGAAACCUCAUUUCUGGAAUUAUUUGAAUCUAGAGGAUUCGGGCAUUACAGUUCGUAGCAAUAAUAUGACACAAGGUUUCCAGCUUUUGCAAGCGAAUGAAGAAUUCUUGCAUAUCCUCCUGCGUCCCUGCUUCUCUGCUCUUUGUUCGAAGCCUAGAACCGUGUGUGUGGUCCUAAUGAAAAUGAAAUCCUCCAACCAAGGAGAGAUAAGCAAUAUGUCACACGACUAGGGAGCUAUCAAACUUGAGGCAACAGCCAGAGAACUCAGUUUUGAACCCCCGAAACAUCAUGGUGAAAGGGGGGUUUGUUAAUGUAAUUCUCGUAAAGCUCAUCUAUAUAAUCCCUUGUAAAUAUCCCUUAUCCUUUGGUUUUAAUAAGUUUUAUUACAGACACUAUAUAUAUAUAUAAUGUUUAAUAUGUUAAUAUAUUAACAGCCUGAAUGACACCAGGCAGAGGAAAUGUAGUUUUUUAAAGCAUAUUUCUUAAAAUUUUUCAGAAAUGUUCAAUCUUGUGGCCUUUUUAGUAACCUUAAGUGUGUGUUCAUCAGAAGUCUUGUCCGGUGAUGAAAACAAAUAUAAUUUUCUUUAGUAAAGGGCUGGCGCUUGUUCAUUGUGCUCUUUGGCUGAUCUGUGACAUUCUUAUAUAAAACUACAUGUACGUAUGUACGUACGCAUAUGUGGUCAUGAUGUAGUAUGAAGGAAAACACACUUGCUGGAAUUUGACCCAAGCAGAACCUCAGCAUAACGGAAUUACUCUUCUCCACCCCAUAUUAUAAGAUGUUCAGCUCAUAAAAUCAUCUGCAGUCCAUGGUGGUGGAUGUGUCUUUAGAGUUGUAUGAAAUGGAUGGAUUUCUUAUGCCUGCCCAGCCCUGCCCCAAUUCGCCCGACCCCUGCCCCAACACAAAAAUCCUUCCCCUGCCUCCAGUUUCCUAGUUUUCUUUAUUCUGCUUGUCCCACCAUUAUUGUCGACCUGCUCAGAAUGGCCAACUUUUUGCAACCAGAUUUAUUUGUAGUUGACCUCUCUUGGGUACAAACCAGGCUGCAGAGGAAACAGUACAUAAACACCUUCCCCAGCUGUGUAGCAUGAACAUGGUUCCUAACCAUAAACCUAUACCAUAGUGGAAUAACUGACCUUUGGCCAAAUUUAGAGAUUUCCUUAAACCAACCAGAGGGGUUGGUGGAAGUUGCAGUUCUUCAAUGACUGUAGAGGGUCACAGGGUCCUAUGCCCUGUUUUAGAUUUUUGUGGGCAAUUUGUUCCUGUAACCCAUUUGUAACUGCAGUACAACUCAGAGACAUGACGUUUUGGCCCUUCUUGGUGAAAUAAGGGAAUGAUGUUUCAAAAUAUUAUCAUAUAAGAAUAGCCACAGAUGCAGGCAGGAAUUGUCUAUAAAACUCCCGGCUAUAACUCCCAGCAUGCCUCUGCAGCCUUGGCUUAUGGAUCUAUUGAUAUUCUUCUGGAUCUAUGGAUCAUAUAAUUGCUGCACUUCUUUCAGGGACAACCUUGCCUGCUGGCUGCUGCUUUCUAUUCCUUUGAACGGGAAUCACGCUGCUUAUGGCUACCAGCCACCCUAAGGGGACUGUUCUCCCUUUGCGGCCUAACUGCAUAAAAAAUGCUUCAUAAUAAUCUCUGGCUUUUAGUGUUCCAUCUGAAGAGAGGCUGCCUAAAGGUCUGGCACUUUGUAACAAAAAUGCACAAUUUACUAUUACCGUUUUUUGUUUUUUAACAAUGUAAUGCACAAAGGACGCUGUGUCUCCUUAUGAAUAAAUUCUGACUGUUAGAAUUGUGUAACCUGUGUGGUGUAACUGUUGUUGGUGCCAUUAACUGGAACACUGACCUAAUCACUAGCUCCUGUUGUGUUCUGGGAGACUGAAGGCUUUGCAUUCUCCUGCCUCAGAAGUCAGAACACAACCCAUUUUCCCAGAUAAUCAUUAAAAUGUCAACUGGAUCUGCCAGGCAAUUUGAUACACUCUCUCCUUAGUGUGGUGUAUAAAGGGGAUAGAAUUACUGUACAGGUGAAGAAAAUUUUCUGUAAGCUCUCUAAAAUCAGCUAAUAUCCAUAGCAGGGAAGGGUAAUGGGUUACACACAACAGCUGCAGAAUCAAGGGUGACCCCCAUUGGCCACAAAACCAAAGGUGACCCGCAAACCCACAGUUUCGCACAACACGGGAGACCCACAAUUUUCUGGGGUGAUGGAGGUCACCAAAUUAUUUUUUUGCAGGGGGGCCUUGGCCUCUUUAAGUUGUGUUAACAAAAACAAUUUGUUUUAGACACAAAAUGGAUGUAUUUCCUUUUUGUGCUGGUAUAAUUCAUUUCCUGACCCCAAAAUGGCAAAAAUACAUUAUAAGGUAAAGAAAUGUAAUUCUGUAAGAAUUUGACAUCCUAUAAGGCAGCGGUCCCCAACCUUUUUUUGGUCCAGGGACUGGUGUAGAGCCAGAUUUUUUUGCAAGGACCGGGGGGUCGGGAGGGGUCAGCAUCCAAUUCUGGCGCGCCGGUGUCCAAUUCACGUUUAUUGGUCGCUAGGCUCGGCUGCCCAGUUCGGCGGCCCGGCGGUUGGGGACCCCUGAUAUAAGGGACAGAUACAAUUGGGUUAACAGGCCACCGAUCCCAUAAGGUCCCUUUGGGGAUUCCGAAAUAUUAAUCCAAAAGCAAACUUUAUCAAAUGAAUCCAAAAGAUUUUUAUUGCCCUUUAUUCAUUAUUGUGGUUGUGUAAAGGGAAAUAAAAAUCUUGACUUGUAGCUUUUGAAUUAAACAAAAAUAAUGUUGCAGUCAUACAAUGAUAGAUGUCAAUACAAUGUGGUCACUGAACACAAAAAUUCUUUUCUAGUCUCAAAAUAAAUUCUGUAAUUCCAAUA